AUGUUCCAUUUCAUCCUUCUAGAUUCUUUUGGUUUUGUUGCCAAAGACGGAGCCGACCGCCGGUCUGGUGCAUUGCCACAUUGCGGAGUGACAUGUCCAUUCAGUGAAUUUGCAUCGUGGAUACGGAGUACAUGUAGGGGAUCUGGCGGUAGUUUGGGUCUUUUCGGAUCAGCAGGGAUAUAG